AUGAAGGACGUUCUCAGCAACGCCAACUUUCCCCAAGAUGCUCAAGGACGAACCUAUCACGUAGCAACGAAAGCCGGUCAAGUCGCCAACCGUAUCAUCACCGUCGGCGAUCAAGUCCGAGCCCACCGCAUCGCCGCCUCCUUCGACGGUGGAGCUCCGCUGUUCUCCUUCAACUCGCAGCGAAACUUUCUCACCCUCACAGGCACCUACAAUGGAGUUCCCGUGUCUGUCGUUGCCAUCGGCAUGGGCUUCUCUGUUGUCGAUUUUUUCGUUCGAGAGUGUCGAGCUGUAGUGGAAGGAGAGAUGAUCAUUGUCCGGCUGGGAUCGUGUGGAAGCAUGCAACCCGAAUACGGAAUUGGAACCGUGGUCGUUCCGAAAGCCAGCUUCGGCAUCUCCCGCAACUACGACUACUUCCACCACUCCACCACAGCGGAAGAGCGCAGCUCAGGGGCGCUGGAGCCCUACCUCAUCACCAAACCGCUCGAUGCGGAUUCCGAGGUCCACGAUGCACUGCUCGCAGCGCUCGAUUCAUCAAAACCUUCUCCUUCAUCCAAUCUGUUCGACGGGUCAUCCGUCCAAGCAGUCGGAGACACAGUCAACGCAUCCGCCGACAGCUUCUACGGCAGCCAAGGACGUAUCGACCCCGCCUUCAUCGAUGCCAACUCCAACCUCAUCGACGUCAUCCGUCAACGUCGUCCCGGCGUAGCAACCCUCGAGAUGGAAACCUUCGUCCUCAACCACCUCGCCGCCGCUGCAAACGACGCCAUCGAUCUAGCUGAAGCCAACGCUCAACCACCACCCCACAAGGGCAAAAUCAGAACAGGUGCCGUCCAGAUGAUCUUUGCCAACAGAAACACCUCGGCCUUCAUCACCCCGCAGGAGUGCGAGACACUGGAACGAUGGACGGGAAAAAGCGUCCUCGCUGCCCUGGCAGGCAUCACGAUCCCGGAAGAGAGACUCCACGGCGAUGGCGUUUGGAACGCUGCGCCUACCGCUUAG